CUCCAUUUUUGCACUAGAAACUUUUUAGAGAACGGCAAGCUCUUUCUAUCAAGAAGCCGUUGUACAUAGAGGUGUGCGCAAUAAUUGCCAUUCUUUUUCUCUUUUUGCGCACAGCAAUUCUCCUGGGAAGUGACCAAGAAAGAAGGACCCUUCAUUACUACAACACUACGAAAGGCAACGGUUAGUCCACCUGUUAAAGGUAUCAACCAUGGCCGCCCUCCAGCAACUACGAAUAGCCUCAUUCUUCCCCUCCCUCUUCCCAAGGAUAGCAUCAACAAGCUUCCAGUCCUCUUUCCGAUCAACCGCUCUGUAUACACAACAUGCGCAAGAGUCGCGACUACCGUCAGUGACCGAACUCGCCAUCGCCAUCCCCGCUGCUAUCUCAAAUAUACCGUCUCUGCUGGGUGAUAUAUGGGAAGGCAUACUUCGAGCAGUACCCAAGAAAAAGACAUCACACAUGAAGAAGAGGCAUCGGCAGAUGGCAGGAAAGGCUCUGAAGGAUGUCACAGCAUUAAACAAGUGCCCAGCCUGCGGGGGGGUAAAAAAGAUGCAUACUUUAUGCUCCGAUUGCAUGGGCCGUCUCGGUGGUAUGCUUGAACGGGAUUUCAAACAAAAGGCAUAAUACAGACCAGGCAUGAAACUAGAAUUCAUGCAUAUCACCGGCGUUCUGGUAUAAGGGUAAGGGAUUCUACAAUAAAUAUUAACGGUAAAAGACAUGUACAAAUGAAACCACGAUUCUACGAAGUUGC